GCCCAUGACGCCGCAGCGCGGCCAGCGCAUCGGCGAGUCACGGCUGCCGGCGCCGCAGUGGGGCCAACCCCACGAGCAGAACGUGCAGGGCCUGCCGGCGGCGGAGCUGGCCCAGCAGAGCACGUCGAAGGUCCCGCCGUUCUGGGCGCCGUACCUUGAGCAGCGCGGGUACCCCUUCAGGCUGUGGGUCCAGGACGUGAUGCUGUGGUGCGCGGCGACGGAGCUGCAGCAGCACCAGCGCGGCCCGGCGAUCGUCCAGCGGCUCGGCGGCACGGCGAGGGACCUCUGCCGCGAGGUGCCGGUCGAGGCCAUCGCUCACGGCAGGUUCGACCAGCUGGGCAACCUGGUCGAGGACGGGGUGCAGAUGCUGAUCACAGGACUCAGGCGGCGCUUUGGCCCGCUCGAUGUCCAGUCCUCGAUAAGCACCAUCGUUGAGCUGCUGACAUUCCGCAGACAGGAGAGGGAGAGCGUCGACGACGCGAUCACGCGCUUCGAGGCUCUGCGCGCCCGAGUGGCGCAGCUUGACGACCCGCUCGUGCUGCCGACGCCGGUGCUCUCGCUGCUGUUCUUGGAGGCCCUGCAUGUGCCCAAGGCCGUGUACCCCCUGGUGCUGCAGUCCAACGGCGGCCAGCUGCCAAUGACGAUCGACCAGCUGAACAGCGUGAUCGGGAUGGUGCGGCAGCAGGGCCACUUUGCGGAGCACACUCAUGCAGGACCUCAGAACUUGUCUGAAGGAUACCGCGGCAAAGGAUAUCACGGUCAUCAUUGGUUCACGGGCGAGAAUGACAGCGGCGCCAACACCUGGAACGACACGGCCGCAUACAUGUAUGGUCAGAGCGCAUCCAGCGCGGCAGGGAGCGCUGGAUCCGCACCCCAGCACUACGUGGUCCAGGACGACGAGGGCUACGAUUGUUGCGCCGUCUGCUCGAGCUACUUGUACGAAGACGAGCCCGGGGACGAUGACUCGAUGACCGACGACGAUGACUUGGACACUUCCCAGUUCACUCAGGAGGAACUACAGGAGUAUUAUGGCGACUCCGAGGGCUGGGACUACGACACCCUGUUAAACGAGUACCUGUUCGCGAAGCACAGGUUUCGCCACUUUGUUCAACGGAACAGCCGCCGCUCUCGUUUCCCGCGCAGCAACUGGUCUCUUCGUAUGAACAGCGGCAAGGGCGGCAGCAGCUUCGGACGUGGUCGAGGCCACGGCAAGGGAUACCACUUUGGAGGAUCGGUGGUGAACCCAGGCUCGCUGGCAGGAGGAAUAGGUAAGAAGAAGAAGGGCGGCAAGCACUACAUGGCAGGCACGCCCGGCGCCACCAAUCCUCGAGGCAGUGACGGCCGUACCAUGCGAUGCCACGAGUGCGACUCGGAGACUCACCUCGUGGCCGCCUGCCCCAAGCGCAAGGGCAAGGGCAAGGGCAAGCACUUCAUGUCCUGGAACUCUGGCAGCGCCUCGACAGGGACGCAGCAGGCUGGGGCUCCUGCCACCGACCCAACAUUGUCCGCCUAUGCGCCUGUGCCCGCGCAGCCGCGGACUGGAGCCCUGUCCGGAGUGCUGCACUGGUUUACCGAAGAUGCCCGGACGCCCGGCCUGCAGAUCGACGACCUUGACGAGGACACCCUCCGCGAGGCGCUGAGCUGGGAGACCCUGGACAUGCGCGACAACGUCGCGGAGCACGACAUGGUGACGGAGAUUCAGGCCAGCAUGCAGGACCGAGCUGCGGAGGAUCAACCUCCGACGACAGCUGGGCGAUCAGCGGCCUUGACCAGCCCGACAUGGUUCCCAUGGUGGCGAGUUGAUCAGUUCGAGAACGCCAGCGGGGAGACCUACUUGGUUCGCACCCGCAUGAAGUACAGGAGCGGCGAGGCUCUGCUGGUGGACCCCGGGAGCCCAGGCAACCUUACUGGCGAUGAGUGGGGUAACAGGAUGGCAGCGCGACAGCAGCAGGCAGGACGUCCACCGCCUGUCCGCACCCCACUCGACCGGGUGCUUGAGGUUGGUGGUGUGGGCUCAGGAUCUCAGCAGGCCACGCACGCUCAUCGCUAUCAACUGGCGCUGCAGGGAGGACAAGCCGCGACCUACGAGGCGCCGGUGCUCCCGAACAGCAGCGUUCCGGCACUGCUCGGGCGAGCAUCGCUGCGGGACCAGCGCAUACUGCUCGACUGCUUCAACAAUCGCAUGUACCGCAUCGGCCCGGGCGGCUACUCCCUGCAGCUGAGCCCAGACGGGAACAUCGGGGAGUUCGGGACCCACGAGGACGAUGGCAUUGGCGACCUCGACGACAUCAGAUUCGACAUCCUUGCCUGCAGCAACCGCACCGACUCCCGCAUCCACCAGGAUGGCAAGCAAGAAGACCACUACGGCGACGUCAUCCGGCAGCGGGAAGUACAGGGGAGACCGCCAUCGGCAUGGGUGUUCGGCGACUUGCAGAACCUGUGCCAGAACGCGCUGCACGGAUGCGGAUAUGCGGUGGGUCGCAGCUGUGAUGUUCACAGAUUCCUCGGGCAGGAGGAUAAGUGGGCGGAUUCCUUGCGCCACCAGCAGCCGGAGCUCGUUUGGAUCAGCCUGGCUCAGCCGGGCACGUCGCGAGGCACUCGCAACGACAAGCGAGCCAAGCGUUUCGAGUGUAAGAUUGCUCGAGCUCAACUUGAAGGGCAUCGCUGCUGCAUCGUCGAGGCGGACGAGGGCAGCGCGGUGUGGGACAUGCCCGACAUCCUGGAGCUGCUGGACGACAGGAGGUGGCACUCAGGCUGCAAGGUGAGCGCGCUGACUGCGAGCUUUCCCACCGAGCAGAGGACGCGCGACAAGGCGCGUAAGGCAGCAGACCCGGAGCGCAAGGUGAAGAAGAGGCCACAGACAGUGGAGCAGGUCUUCGACGACUGCGGCUCCGAUUUCACGAAACUCUACGUGGCGAACGAAUACGAGCUGGACGAGGCGUGCUACGGCACCGAGCUCAGGGAGGACCAGCACAUCGAUGAGCAACCGUACCUCAUGAUGUCCGAGUUCUUUGGCAUGAUGGGCUCGGAGGCGCACCUGAACGAGAAAGACGAGCAGCUGAACUUCUUCAGCUCGGUCAAGGAUAUGGACACACACAUGAACAUCUACUACGGCCACCUGCAGCACGACGACGUCGCGGAGCUGUGCGGUGGCGCAUCUGGAACGACCCGGCUACUUGUACGACGAGGAUAUCGGGGCGGUCCCAACUUCGAUCUCAUUUGCGACUGCAACUUGAUGACGCACGAGGGCCAGAGGCAGUUUUGGGAAUAUCUGUAUCGAGGCAAGCCUCUGGUUUUACUCAUUAGCACGCCCUGUACGAGCUUGAAGGGGUUCUCGGCGCUCAACAAGGUCAUCAACUACGACGGCUGGCUUCGCAGUCGCAAGACAUCAGUGGGGCUGGCCCGCAUCGCCGCUGCAGCGGCGUGUACUCAGAUGGACGCCGGACGCCACUUUGCGUCGGAACAGCCGUUGGGCAGCGACUUCUACAAGCUCGACGACUGGCAACACAUCGCCAACAACUACGCGGUGGCAUGGUGCCAAGUCGACCAGUGCAUGGCCGGCCAGAUUGGGCGGCGAACGGGACUACCUAUCAAGAAGUCCUCGGAGUUCUGGGCUUCGGACGAGCGCCUACUCGCCGGACUCAGGAGGUUUCGCUGCGACGGCCAGCACGAUCACGCCUUGCUGGCCCAUGGUGGCCGAGGACACCAUCCAGAGCGUGACAAAUGGCGACUAGAGAACCCCAAGGAUCACGCGGAAUGGGCGAUUGGCAUCUGCCGGGAGCUGGCGGCGAGCAUCUCCCAGAUGGUGGAGCGCGUGAGGCAUCAGGGACACCACCUCGUGGUGUACGAGUGCUACCCCACGGCGGAGCCGGACGAGCCAUCAGGCGGCGCCUCGGGAUCGGCGGACGCCAUCGGUGAGGCACCCGCCGCGGAGCAACCGGCUGCGGCCCCAGCCGCGCCAGCCCGAGCAGCUCGCCUCAGAGAGCUGCUGACCAAGGCCGGCGCUCCUGCAUCUACGCUGGCCCUGGUGAAGGAGAUCUGCGACACGUGCCGGGUGUGCAGGCUAUGGACGAGACCGGGACCGAAGAGCAUGACGAUAUCUCGGCUCGCGACGGGUUUCAACGAGAUGGUGCAGUGGGACAUCCUCUACAUCGGCGAACAGAUGGUGGCACACAUGAUCGAUGAGGCGACCCGCUGGACGGUGCUGCACAUUCUGGAACGCAAGACAGCGAUCAUGAUUAUCGCCGGCAUCACUCAGGGAUGGCUACGUCCUCAUGGCCCCAUGAAGCUGCUGAUUGCCGACAUCGAGGGCGGUCUACAUGGCGAGGAGGCGCACCAGUGGCUGGACCGCUGGGGCAUUGAGAUGAAGGCCAAGGAGGAGGGCUCGCACGCGCAGCUGGUGGAACGUCAUCACGACCUAGUGCGCAAGAUCAUACACCGCGUGCAGGCCCAGCUUGCGGAAGAAGGCAUUGUGAUGCCGUUGGAGAUCGUGAUCAUGGAGUGUGCCCUCAUCAAGAACCUUCUCAUCACCGUGGCUGGCUACAGCCCGUACCAGGCGGUGUACGGCCGACUUCCGCCCCUGCUCGCCGAGUUCGAGCCGGUGAGCGACUGCCAGAUCGACGAUCAAUCGGCUGGCAUUCCAGGAAUCUCUCGACACCAUCAUCGGCUCCGUGAAGUUGCAAUGCAAGCCAUGGUGGAGAUGACCGCGAAGGACAGGCUGAGGCGCGCACUUCGAUCCAAGACGCGUGCCCCGCACGAGGCGCUGCAGCUGGCGGUCGGCGACCAGGUUGGCUUCCACCGGCCGCCGAGCACGAAGGAGGAGUCGGGGUGGCGCGGCCCGGCUACCUUGCUGCAGGUCGGACCUCCAGUGCUCAUCCGAUGGCAGGGCCGAGUAUUUCAAGUGCGACCUCAGGACCUUCGGCGAAGCCUCGUCUACUUCGUGAUGUUCACGAACAACAUCUUCUUUGAGGCAGGAUCGCGCGACCCGGUGGCCACCCUCAUGAGCUACGCGGACCAGCUGGACAGCAAGGUCGUGCGCGUCGGGUGGCUCUUCGACGCCGGGUGGAAGCGGACCGCGGACAGCCAGAAGCUCAGCGAGUUGGUCCUGGCGGUGUUGCACGUUGCCGCCAGUGGCUUCUACCUGGUGGGGUGCAUCGGCGCGCGAGUGGGCAACGGCGUGUCUGUGCUCGAGGGCAUGGUCGGAUGCGACCACAGCUUCCUGUGGUGGUGGCGGCGCGGACGCCCAGAGCUGUCCUGGCACCACGAGGCGUCUGGAUCUGCUCGACUGAAGUUGGCCCCGAUAUUUGGCAAGGAUCACUGGCGGGACGUCAGCUUCGUGCAGUUCAUCAUGACGGACGACGAGUCUGUUCGACAAGCCGAUAUCCGACACGAGCAUUCCAAGCGCAUCCAGACAGACAAGUGCAUCAAUGCCAGUGCCCGACACGAGCAUAUCGAGCGCAUCCAGGCAGACGAGUGCAACAUCGGAUUCAACGAGGCGGAGGAGCGCGAGAGAGAUCGCGAUCACGUGAUGGCCCGGAUCGUGAUCAUGGAGCCCGAGGUGCAGGAUGAUGGCGGCAAAGACGACGACGGCGACUCGGACAGCGACGCGACCCAGGAGUACCUGUUCGCGAGCUGGCAGCACCUGAAGGAGCAGGCCGCUCUGCCUGCUGUUGACAUCGAGUGCGCUCAGAGCGACUUCUUCUUUGCAGCCCCGGACGCAGAUCAUGUGGCAGAAGCAGCAGAGGAUGAUUCUUCGAAUUCCCGACCCGACUGCGUCGAGAUCGGCAUAGGUGCGCCACUCAUGUACUGGGUGCACCCUGAGGUGGAGCACAUGCGACGACCUGGGUCAGGGGAGAUCUACAUCCUGCGCGUCUACAACACGGGCAAGCGCGAGAUUGUCGUCGAGCGCGAGAUGAACGUGCUCACGCUGGAAGAGGCCCGAGCUCACGAAGUUGAGGUACGGCAGGCCAUGAUGGACGAGCUCCAGCGCUGGGCGGAGUUGAAGGCAUUUCAGCGUUUCCCGAAGGAUCAGGCGACCAACAUCAUCGACUCCCGCUGGGUGCUCAAGUGGAAGGAGAUCGACGGCAAGAAGCAGGUGCGCGCGAGGCUCACGGUGAGAGGCUUCAAGGACAUGCAGUCACCGGAGCUGUCCACCUUUGCGGGUACUACGACACGAUGGGGACAACGACUGGUGAAUCAGGUGACUGCACAGCGCAAGUGGCGAUUAUUCUCAGCGGACAUCAGCCAGGCGUUCUUGCGCGGGCUCACCUUCGAGCAGGUCGCCGCCAUGGACGGCGAGGUCAAGCGGAAGGUGCAGUUCACGAUGCCACCAGGAUCGAUUCCAGUCCUCCGGCAGCUGGAGGGCUACGAGGACUACAACCCUGUGACAGAGGUGUUGUUGCUCCUGCGCUGCGGCUUCGGUCUGAAGGACGCGCCGAGGCUGUGGCAGGUCAUGUUGAAGCAAGUGCUGGAGAAGACAGGAGGCAAGGCGCUCAUCAGCGACCCGCAGAUCUACGUGUACCACGACGCGAAGGGUGAGCUGCAGAUGAUCAUGUCCUCGCACGUGGACGACCUCAAGGGCGGCGGCGAGGACUACCUGCGGGAGAAGGUAUUGAGCAUGAUCGAGAGCGAGUUCGGGAAGCUGAAGCGCCAGUACGACUGCUUUGAGUGCAUUGGCAUCAUGCACGAACAGGACGCUGUGACCAAGGCCAUCUGGACGCAUCAGCAGCACUACGUUCAGCAGCUGCGACCGCUCCAGGAAGACCAGUAUGUGAUGGAGAAUGAAGAUGGCCAGGUGAGCGUGGAGACCCACGCGGCGUACAUGUCGCUGCUCGGGGGGAUCGCAUGGAUGACGCAGACGAUGGCGCCCAUUGCAGUGUACGUCAGCUACCUCCAGCGGCAGGCCAAGAAGCCGUCAGUCGGAGACAUCCGGAAGAUCAACCGGCUGCUGAAGUGGAUCAUGGUGAACGCGAAGCAGCUCGGAGUUCGGUUCAUCGAGUUGGACAUGACCCGAGUGCGGCUGGCCGUCGUCAGCGACUCAGCCUUCCACGCCAUGGAGUUCGAAGGCUUGGCGAUCCGAGGCUGUGUGAUCAUGUUGCUGGAGGCUGACGCCGAGGUGCUUCAAACCGGAUCGACGUACAGAAUUGUGAUGCUUGACUGGUACAGCAGAAAGCAGAACAACGUAGUGAGGUCCACCUACGCCGCCGAGCUGAUGGCGUUGUUGGACGCACUUGGCACCGGCACCCUCAUGAACGUGGCAUUGACUGAGAUCAGUGAAGGAGUGUGCACAGCGAAUGAGAUGCGAGUGCGGCAGGAGGCCGGCGACCUAGUGUUGAAGAUGAUCGCGGCCAUCGACGCGAAGGCAGUGUUUGACGCCGUCUCCGCCGCCACCGUCAAGGUGACCACGGACAAGCGCAUGUUCGUGCCGACGCUCGCGGUGCGUGAGCAGAUCGACCGCCUCCAGCUGUCCCAGCUCAGCUGGAUCGACACGGUGGACAUGCUGGCGGACGGGCUGACGAAGGGCGAGCUCGACCGGACGGCCCUCGUGAAGCUGGGCUUCAGCAGCGAGUGGCACCUGAGCGGCCUGCAGCCAGUGGCCUUCUCGGCGCGCAGUGCGCUGGAGGGCCGCGCAGAGCGCUCGAAUUCCCGACCCGAGUGA